GAUUCAGUUGCGCUGAACUCGCCAACACAAUGGCCACGUGGUAUAAUGACGUAACGUGCAGUCAUUGGGCGACAGACAGCCGGAAAAGAAACAUCUGAAAGACAUGGCAGACGAGGUCCUUUUCGACUUUCUCCACAUGGAGAUGGUGAGCCAUGUUUACAAGGAGCAGCGCUCCAGUAAAGGAGAGCUUGAUAGCAAGGACCGAGCUGUAUGUGUCUCCAUCCUGGAAGGCAUGGGAUUCAGAGUUGGACAGGGACUCAUUGAAAGGAUGACCAGGGACUCCCCCAGCUUUAAGGACGAGUUGGACAUGAUGAAGUUCAUCUGUAAAGACUUUUGGACGCAGGUCUUCAGGAAGCAGAUUGACAACCUCCGAACCAACCACCAGGGGACCUAUGUGCUCCAGGACAACAAGUUUGUUCUGUUGACUCAACUCUCAAGUGGCAAACAGUAUCUGGAAGAGGCCCCCAAGUACCUGGCGUAUUCAUGCGGUUUGGUGAGGGGAGCGCUCUCCAACCUGGGUCUAGAGAGCGUGGUGACCGCCGAAGUCUCUCUGAUGCCUUCCUGUAAGUUCCAAGUGGUUAUCCAAAAGUUAUGACCAGAGUCCCGUGUUGCCCUCUGGAGAAAUAAACCACACGCAUCGAGAGCUCUGGCACCAUUCUGAAAACAACUAAAAAGACAUUGGGGUUUUUGUCCACUGGUCAAGAAGUUGACAAAUUUCAAGUUAGGGCCCUGAAAGAACAAGCCAUCUCCAGCCGGCUUAGCUAAACACUCUACAGAGCCUAAUGGACUCAGUGCUUAUGGCCGGUCUGACUUGGCAGUGAGGCAGACGUGUUCUACGUGGACAUGUGAAGUGAUUCUCCCCUCGUCAGCGGGACCCCCUGGAUGGGUUGUCUUUGGGCGGGGCCGAGGUGCUCAGCAAUGUGAAUGUCAACCUCGGUCGCUACUUUUCUGGUUUUCUUGUUUUACACUGUUUACCCAAGAGGAUUCUUUACUUAGUGUGUUCACAGAGGUUUGUUGUGCGUCUGUAGCUGUGGUUAGUCCUUUAGAGAGUGUGGGUGUAUAGGUUCAGUGUUGGUGCUGGGACUUGUAACCGGUCUGGAGCCCGGUCUGAUGGGAACAAGUCCCUUCCUUCCUUCCCAUCAUGUCAUAGUUGAAAUAAUACAAUAUUGAUAUGACCCUAUUAUUAGGGUAUUUUUUUUAUAUAAUUUUAUUAAAACUAAGACACUGGC